UUCCUAGACACGUUGCCUUAGGAGAAGUUACACGGGGUGCCCGAUUGCGGGACUUCGUCACUGAAACCACCGCAUCGCACAGCACAAUCUCUCUACCCAAGUGUACCGGGUUUACCUCCGAACAAAGGAAAGUGCGAUUCACUCCCUUCUGGUCAGUGAUGAUUGCUGGUGGAUAGGUCCUGUGCCUGAAGAUGUCUGCGUCAGAUUCUGACUCCAUUGACUGGCUGGCCAGCGACGAUGAAGACUGUGAAAGCACGUCCGAGUUGGUCUGCAAGGGCGGAGCCAGCGCGACUAAGAUGCUGCCAUUACCCGUGUCGUCAGGGGCGGAGUCCCGCGUGGCCCAACCCGGCCCUCAGGCCGCGGAGAGUGACUGUAGCAGUACGAAAGAGGGGGCCAGCUGCCGGGAUGGGGGGGCCUGUGGAACCUCCUCCAGGAGUGCAGAGCCCUGUGGGGGUACCGGCUGUGGCCUCCUGCUCCUGGGACAGGAGGCGCAGUGCGGGCCCUUGUGGCGAUCAGCGCUGUACGUCCCGGAUGGCUUGCCGGGCGAGGGGCCCCGGCGGGCCCCAAAGAGGCCCCGCAGCACAGAGGCCCAGGUCUGCUGGCCUUGGCCACAUCCCGUAAGGACGUCCAACGAUGAACUGUUUGCUCGCAAGUGCUCGGAGCUGCAGUGCUACGUCCCGCACCUGUCCUCCAUCCUGAGCGGCCUGCGGUCCGGACGCUACAGAGAGCGUCUGAGCAGUUUCCAGGAGAGCGUUGCUAUGGACAGGAUUCAGAGAAUAAUGGGUGUUCUGCGGAACCCUUGCAUGGGCGAGCGCUACAUCAACAUCAUUCUGAAAGUGGAGGAAAUGCUGAGGAGCUGGUUCCCUAACGUGAAACCCAAAGAGCGACUUGGCAGCGAGCAGACGGACGAAACCACUCCUUCCAAGAGGCUGAAGCCUUGCCCCGCCAUCACAGCGGAAAGCCCCGCGGAGCUCGGCGUCUCCAACGAGGCCUUCGGGGCGGGCGAGCCCGUGCCCCCGGGCGGCUACUCGGCCACCCACCUGAAGUGGCUGCACACGUCGCCCAUCUGCUCCCCGUCGGCGCAGCGGGCGCUGGGGAGGCUGCGGCGGUGGCGGGCGGAGGCGGCGGGCGCCCAGGACGUCACGCAGGACAGCUCCGUCUCCUCCAGCACCGACCCGCCGCCCGGCCCCCAGCACCGGCCCCCCGGCAAGAUCGUGGCCCCCUGCCUGGAGAGGCUGCUCAAGUCCACCGAGAGCAUCAUCACCCGCAAAAGCGCGCCGGCCACCUUGAAGGAGAGCAGCUGGUCUUAGCGCGGAAUCCACCCGGCUGAUCCCAGAACAGUGGAACGGGGCCACCUGCAGGAGGAGAGACAGCAUUGGACUGCCCGCCGCUGGUCUGGAGUCAGUCCCUUAGGGGGAAAACCCAUUCCAGCCUUCAAAUGAGUCGCAGUUCCCGUAAUGUGAUUUUUAUGGCAGGACGGAGGUCUCCUUGUACUGGAGGGGCUUGUUCGUGGUAAAAGUAAGCACACGCCUGUCCCAAACCUGAAAUCUGCAUUCAUUCCCCUCAGAUGACCUCUGAUGGUUGCACGUAACUUUGGGACUUGAUGGCGCUGUGCGCGAGCGAGUGUGGGAGCAGAGCCCCCGAACGGCCUUCUUUCAGCACGGCCCCUGCUGGAGCUGUGAAGACGCCUCGUCAGACCUCCUUCUGCAGAAGACGGACACGUGUCAGCAUUCACAGCAUUACUUCAGUUAAAGGAAAGGGAAGGAGGGGUGUUGGGAACACUUAGGACACGGCCUUGUCAGCAGUAUAUCCAUACAGAAGUGGCAUACGUAUGAAUGGAGCGUUCAUGUGAGAAACGUGUGCGCGUGCGUGCGUGCGUGUGUGCAUUUAGCUUAGCUCAGAGUCGAGCAACAUCUGGUGACUGUUACUUCAUUAACUUCUCGUUAAGUUUCGAUACAAUGCCUCUACCUCAGGUUGACACAGUUUUGUUCAGGUUGGAGUAUACUGUAAACGGAUGAAGGCAGAAGGAGAGGGGGAGGGGGAGGGGGAGGCGCGACGCGUCUCCCGCGCGAGUCGUCCCGCUCGUUUGAACAGGGGGGCCGGGCCGGGCCUGUGGAGACGGGGGGCCGCUGAAGUCGGGCCUCUGAGGCGGGGGCCACCGUGGAGAAUGUGAACUCCAGCUCAGACGUUUGGGAAAGCGUCUCGGUUGCGAAGGCAAAAGCAGUGCCUGUCACUUGACGUCAGGCCACGCCCUUCGGCUGGCUGAACGGAUGCGCAUUGUGCUGAAUAUGCGAACCCCAGAAGGAACUGCAGAACCCAGGAAAUCUCUGGACUCCCGCCAUUUCCUGUAUCUGGUAAAUGAUUAAAUCCUUGCCAACUCGGAUUCUGCGGUCAAGUUAACCCAAGUUUCUGUCAACACAAGCUGGACAAUGUCUAACUGGCACCCAGCUGAAGGGGGGGAGAAGUGUAUUACUUUUAUGUAAAUAUUCUGAACCAUGUUCCAGGUUGUUAAUUUACCCUACAAAAGUGGCCUUUACAGUGUGAUAUUUUAUACUUUCUAAAUAAAUGUGGUUAUAUUUGUUUGGCAUAAA